GAGUCAAAAUAUUUUUGCUGCAAUUGAUUUGUGAGGCAACAAACUCCGACAAUGAGGUAAACUUACUUUGCAGGAACACUUUGCACUGUACAGAGAGCAAAAUGGCCAUUAAAAGUCAUGCGCCUGAAGAUUGUUCUUAAAAGACCACCUGCCAUUCCACAUAACUUUCCAGGCACUCACAUAAGUGUGACUCGUGGUGGCAGCAGUGCCUGCUGGGCAGUGGUCGUGGUUACCCCCAUCAUGCGACGAGCUCAUAACCUCGAGCUGGCAAGGGAGAUCGUCUUUGUUGAUUCGACUGCCUCAUGCGACACCACCAAAUGCACAGUAACAGUGGUGCUGACUGCGACCAAGGCUGGUGCUGUCCCACUCGCAGUACUAAUUCACAAGGAGCAGAGCACCGAUGGCUACCUGGCUGCUUUCAAGCUCCUCAAGGAAGCCCAUCCUCUCUGCUUUGGAGGCCAACCAGCCCCACAGGUACUCAUGAGUGACAAUUCGAGUGCUGAGAAGGCCGCCCUGCAGCAGACAUGGCCGUCAGCAAGGCAGCUUUUGUGCCAUUUUCAUGUGGCACAAGCGGAGUGGCGCUGGCUGACGACAUCUCACAACUCUGUCGACAAAGACCAGAGGAGACGAUUCAUGUCUGCCUUCCAACUGGCAAGUUUUUUUGCAAUCUAGUUGUAACUCUAGCUCUAAGAUACGAGGUGCAUUCGUUGCAUCUGCACUUAGUGAACAAAUUCACAAUGGUCUGCUAUUUUAGCAUUCGUUUCAUGUUUCCAAGAUGAUGGCGCUGGCAUAGCAGCAUAGGUGUAUAAAAAGCACAGCUGUCCUGCAAGGCUAGUGCAUGAAUUACCUUCACUUCCUCGUGAUAUAAUUUGGAGUGUAUGCCGCACAAGAUGCCCUAAUCUGCAGAUGACAACGCAGACAGUAUUUGUGUCCAUUUUAAUCACAUUUAAAAAGUACACCAGUAAACGUCUGGUGGGUUCAAAUGAUUUCGAAUGCCAUAAAAUGAGGCUUGUACAAAUAUUCAAAUGCUUUGAAUAUUCAAAUGAAUAAUGCAGUAAUCAAAUUUGAUUUGAAUCGAAGUUAAAUUGCUGAAAAUUUUGAAUUAUUAAAACGAACAAAAUAGGUGUAUAUUAGUCCACAUGUAACACUCUGUAAAGGUGGUUUCACGGCAGUGGAGGGAUGCUAAACCAUGAAAGCACUUACCCAAGCAUAUUAGACCACAUGUAAAAGUGGUUUCACUGCAGUGAAUUGGUGCUAAGCCGUGAAAACACGUAAUCAAGAGAAAUUCGCACUGCAGCAAAGCCCCACUUCAAGGUUUUAAUAAAGAAUUACAAUGACAUCGAUUCUGCUUUUUUUUGUUUUCAGUUUAAAAGCUCGUUACACAGAUUUAUAUGCUCUAAGUAAAAAAAAAUUGAAACGCAGCAUAUUUUACUGGCUAUUACUUGGACUGCACCAAAAGUCGAAUGCUGCUACAAUUCGAAGUUGUUGCCACUUCCUUUGAUGAAAAAAAAAUGGCCUUUGCAUAGGCCCUGUUUCAAUUUUUAAAGAUCUGUGCAAGUUUGUUUGGCCAUGACAAAUAUGCCCCUUUUUGUUUAUAAUAUGCAAUAUAUAUACUAUUACAAUUCAAUUAGAUAU